GCUGAAUAUAAAAGAAAAUAUCAGUCUUGUAGUCGGUAGUGUGUUCUCGCGGCCGGGUCGAUCGGCUGGAUUGACCAUGACAUUGAAAUAUCUAGUAGUUCUGUUGGCCCUGACCGGCGUCCACUGCAAAACAGCAUAUAAAAUAUGCGUUCCCGUACAGCACCUCAAGGCUUGCCAGGACAUGCUGGAAGUCCCGACUAAGAGCAAAGCGACCUUGGAAUGUGUGGCGGCCAGAGACAGGGUAGAAUGCAUUUACCAAGUGCAGCAGCGGCAAGCGGACUUCGUGCCCGUGGAUCCCGAGGACAUGUACGUGGCCACCAACAUACCCAACCAGGACUUUGUGCUGUUCCAGGAAUACAGGACUGAUGAUGAGCCUGAUGCGGAGUUCCGUUACCAAGCCGUCAUCGUUGUCCACAAAGACUUGCCCAUCAACAACCUCGACCAGUUGAAGGGGCUGAAAUCUUGCCAUACGGGGGUCAACAGGAAUGUCGGUUACAAGAUUCCACUAACCAUGCUGAUGAAGCGCAGCGUCUUCCCCAAGAUGAACGACGUGAAUUUCUCCCCUAAAGAGAAUGAGCUACGCGCCUUUUCCAGCUUCUUCACCAAGUCCUGUAUCGUCGGGAAGUGGUCACCGGAUCAAAAAACCAAUUCUGCUUGGAAGGCCCAAUACAGCCAACUAUGUGCGUUAUGUGAACACCCAGAAAUCUGCGACUAUCCUGACAACUUCAGUGGAUAUGAGGGAGCUUUACGGUGCUUGGCACACAAUGGUGGACAGGUUGCUUUUACCAAGGUCAUCUACGUGAGGAAAUUCUUCGGGUUACCUGUAGGAACCAUUCCAGCCAGCCAGUCCUCCGAGAACCCCGACGAGUUCGCGUACCUCUGCCCGGACGGGUCCAAGGUUCCCAUCCGGGAAAAAGCCUGCUCAUGGGCGGCGAGGCCUUGGCAAGGCCUGCUGGGGCAUAACGACGUGACCGCCAGUCUGACGCCGCUGAGGGAGAAGAUAAAGCAACUUGCUGCUGCUGGAGCCGCUACAAAACCCCUGCCAGACUGGUUCGCUAACGUGCUCGGCUUAUCGGAGAAGAUACACCAUGUAGCCGACAACAUUCCCAUUGCGCCGGCAACGUACCUGAAGAAAGCCAACUACACCGAAGUCAUCGAGAGAGGACAUGGCCCACCGGAGCCAGUAGUCAGACUGUGUGUGACAUCAAAUGUGGCGCUCGCCAAAUGCCGUACCAUGUCGACGUUUGCGUUCAGCCGCGACAUCCGUCCCAGGCUCGAUUGUACGCAAGAGGCCACUGAAGCGGACUGUCUUAAAAGCGUCCAAGAAAACGGCUCCGAUCUCGCCGCCGUCGAUGACAUGAAGGUGGCACAUGCUGCGAAGAAAUACACCCUUCAUCCAGUCUUUCAUGAGGUGUAUGGAGAGGAUAAGAAACCGAAAUACGCUGUGGCUGUUGUGAAGAAGAGUUCGUCGUUCCAGAAGAUGGAGGACUUGAGGGGAAAGAGGUCAUGCCACGAUCCUUACGGAAGCUUCAGCGGCCUCGACGCGCCGCUUUACUACCUUAUCAACAAAGGGCUUAUCACACCUGACGACUGUGUAAAGAAAGUCGGCAACUUCUUCUCUGGAGGAUCGUGCUUGCCCGGUGUCGACAAAAUCGAAAACAAUCCGAAAGGCGAUGACGUAACGCUUCUGAAAAAGCAAUGUCCAGCUGACAAAGGUCCUCUUACUUGUCUUAAAGACGAUCUUGGGGAUGUCGCCUUUGUAUCAAGCACCGACUUAAGCAACUACGACGCCUCCCAAUACGAGCUUCUCUGCCUAAACCGGGACAGCGGACGCGAUUCACUCACCAACUACGCGACCUGCAACGUCGCUAUGAUGCCAUCACGCACCUGGGUGUCGGCCAAAGACUUUUUGUCUGAUGUGUCCAUUGCUCAUACACCGCUUAGUUUAGCUGAGUUGUUGGAUAAAAGGACAGAUCUGUUCAAUAUCUAUGGAGAGUAUUUGAAGAAUAAUAACGUCAUUUUCAAUAAUGCUGCGACCGGACUUGCAACCACAGAAAAACUCGAUUUUGAAAAGUUCAAAGCAAUCCAUGAUGUCAUGUCAAAUUGUGGAAUCGCUUAAGUGCCAUGUAGAUUUACUGUUUUACUCAUUUUUAUUUACUAUUAGUAUGACCCAACCUACUAACAUUUAA